AUGCUGUCCACGAACGCCGCCGCAAUGGAGGCCACGAUCUCAGGAACACACGGCCCUGAUGCAGUCGUCGUUCAUUCCGCCACAGAUGAUGUCAUCCUGACCAUCAUGGACGUCGAUGCUGGAGUUGUAGCCCACGUUGAGGAACCAAGCACACCACGGACAACACCUUCUAAUGUAGUAGAUAAUUGCAAAGCAAAUAAAAAGCCUGUGGUUGGAAUGAUUUUUGAUACACUCAAGGAUGCGGAGAAUUUUUAUAAAUCAUAUGCAUACGAUGCUGGUUUCUCUGUUCGUGUUGGUGCACAUAAGAAGGACAAUGAGGAAAUAUUUUACCAGCGGUAUUUGUGCUCAAGAGAAGGGUACAGGAAGGAGAGCGUUCAAGAACUUGACAGUGAGAAGAAGUAUCAAAUAUUGUCAUUUGUCGAGGAGCAUAAUCAUGGUUUCGUGUCGCCAGAUAAGAGGCACCUGCUAAGAUCCAAUCGUCAAGUUAGUGAGAGGGCAAAGAGUACUUUGUUCAACUGUCAUAAGGCUAGCAUUGGCACGUCACAGGCAUUUCGACUUCUCCAAGUCACUGACGGUGGAUUUGAGCAUGUUGGUUGCACGCUGAGGGAUUUCAAGAACUAUUAUCAUGACCUGAGGUGCAGAAUCAAGGAUGCUGAUGCACAAAUGUUUGUGCAUCAACAUGAGCGAAAGAAGGAAGCAAAUCCUGCCUUCUUUUAUGAGUUUAUGGUGGACAAAGAAGGACGGCUUGUGCGUGUCUUCUGGGCAGAUGCCACAUGCUACGGGUGGACUAGCACCUCAUCUAAUCAUAACAUAACAGAUGAAGAUGCUAGCAUGAAGGCUGCUAUUGCUCAGGUUCUACCAAAUACAACUCAUAGAUUUUGCAUGUGGCAUAUCAUGGAUAAGGUACCUGAGAAGGUUGGGUCCGACAUAAAAAAUGAUGAGGAUUUCUGGAAAUUGUUAAAUGAGUGUGUUUGGGGCUCCGAGAAUUCAGAUGAGUUUGAGUCUCGAUGGAAUUCUGUCAUGAUAAAAGAAUUGUUCUUUGAUGAGGAAGGUAACCUUCUGGAUGAAAAGGCUAAAGAUCCUGUGGAGGUGGCAAUGGGGAGAAAAUUUUCAGAUUCACGUAACAAGUUUGAAGAGCUAAUCCAGAUGGCCAAGAACUCUGAACAAGGAAUGGAAUUUUUAUAUUCUAGUUUAUCAAACCUUGUAGAACCUCUCCAAAAUAUCGUUCCUGCUGCUACAGUCAAUAAGCAAGAUGAGUUUGAAUCAUUCCUUGGUGGCAAAAUUCCACAAGAAGUUGAGAUACAUCCACCAAAUGAUAUCAACUCCAGAGGGCGCUGCAAAAGAAUCAAGAAGAGCAAGGAGAAGAAGGCGCCCAGAAAACGGAUGUGUGGAAAAUGCAAGCAAUUAGUGUCUCAUGACGCACGUAAUUGCCCCCUCAAUGUUGCUGGUUGA